AUGGCAAUGUUCACAAUAUGUCUGAUUUCUAUUAACGCGCCGCCUGCCUUUCUUCUUCGUAACUUCUUGUCCAAUCAGCGGCUCCUCGCGUCCAGGGCUCUCGCGCGUGUUACUGGGCCCUUCACGUUACAGACUCCCCCUUUGGAUUUGUUAGUUGCCCUCAACGAAGAUCCAAUUUCUCGUGAAGGCGCUGGAGGAUCGCAGGUCAUAUUUACCAAUCCUUUGGAGAUAGUAAAAAUUCGACUACAAGUAGCUGGCGAGAUUGCAGGAGGAUCGAAAGUUAGGGCGUGGACCGUCGUCAAGGAAUUAGGUCUUUUUGGAUUGUACAAAGGUGCUAGAGCUUGCUUUUUGCGAGAUGUGCCAUUUAGUGCAAUUUACUUUCCUAUGUAUGCUCACACGAAAGCGCGAUUGGCCGACGAAGGAGGCUACAAUACGCCAUUGUCGCUUCUUGUUUCUGGUGCGAUUGCCGGUGUACCUGCAGCAGCAUUGGUCACUCCUGCGGAUGUAAUAAAAACAAGAUUACAGGUUGUAGCUAGAGAAGGUCAAACUACAUACAACGGAUUGCUGGAUUGCGCAAGAAAAAUAUACAAAGAAGAAGGUGCUAGGGCAUUCUGGAAAGGCGCGACAGCUCGAGUGUUCAGAUCGUCACCUCAAUUUGGUGUUACUCUCUUCACGUAUGAGUUGCUGCAAAGAUUGUUUGUUGUUGAUUUUGGAGGAUCCCGACCUACUGGCUCGGAACAAAAGGUGCCUACUAUGGGAGUCGCAGAUGAAAUUCGAUCAACGAAUCCAGAUCAUAUAGGUGGCUACCAAGUAGCUCUGCCUAUUUUUACAGGUAUAGAAACAAAGUUCGGUCUUUGCUUACCCAGAUUCCAAGCAGUUAUCGGAAAGUAAUAGUAUUAUUAUCAAACGUGUAACAGAGUAAGUUUGUAGCAAUCCCUGCCAUAAAUAAUCUACGAUUACUGCACGCUGAUUCAUGCUUCACUGACGGUGAAGCAAAUGUGGUAUGUGUGAGCUUCACAAACUACAAAUAAUAAAUCCACGUUUUAUUUCAACAAUCAUCUUGGCCAUUUUGGUAUCAUGCAGACCACGUGGAAUCAGCAUAAGAACGAAUCGUCGAUUGAUAUUAACUCGAUGCAUACGACAUACAAAAAUGAUCGUAAAAUGUAAUUAUGACUCGAUUAAAGAAAAGUACAAAAUCCAUGGUUGCGGAAUGUCCAAGAACGCUCGUGAUAGCUGAAUCGAUGCAGUCAAUUGAUACAGGAACAAAACAAUGGCAUUCAGACUAUUUAUUUUGAUACUAUAAAGAUAUGUUAUAUCAAAUUGAUGCCAUCUGUAUGUAAUUUUUACAAUGCAUGAAAGAGAGAGAAAGUGUGCGCGCGCGCAUGUGUGUGUGUCAUUUAUCGACGAUUUGUUAUUGCUAAUUUGAAACGUUUCUGCCGAUACGCGUAUAAUAACUAAUCGAAUGUGUGUUCGUUAAAUCGUGAAUGAUUAUCGCCAACGAAAAUGAGUGUGGAUUAUAAUCCGUGAUGGCCCCGAUGUGUACGUACCAUAUAUAUUUAUACAGUUCAGAGUAACAUAUUAGGCCUCUGUAAUUACAUUUAUUAUUUAUCCAAAUGUCUAGCUGUAUAAUUCUUAACUGAUGAAUAAAA